AUUUGAGCGAGAAGCUCUGGACUCUUCCAGACAGGAGCAGUCAGCCAGUGCAGCCAUGCAGGAAGAGCUGGCCCGUGGGCAAGAAGGAAGUGGCCUAGGAUGCGGAAGGCAGAGGUUGGUAUGAGAGAACUGGAGAGGAAGAACAUUUUUUCCAGUGGGGCCUCAAUCCAUCCCGUGAUGGUCCAGACUUCUGAGGUGAAAGAGAGCAGAGGAGUUUCUCCCAUGAGACCCCUUCCACACUUCCUUCUGAGAGCUGUCCUUGCUGCCUACACCAUGGAGAAAAGCAGCAGACCAAGGGCUUCCAAAAGACUUUCUCUGGGCAGCUUGUCACCCACUCCAGGAGACGUCUGUGCCACCCCUCGCAGCCCUGGGGACACCUGCCUGGACUCUGACCCACAGUGGCCCUCUGGAUGUGUGUGCUGAGUGAUGGGGACACAGCCAGAACAGCAGAAACCUGCUCAUUCAGUUGUCCUGAGAAAAACCUAGAAUCAGUUUCAGAUACGGAUUGCACAGUGGAGGGAUUUAAAAAAAAGCACAUGAGAACAUUAACUUCAGAUGUCCAGCAGCCAGAGACCCCAGUCAGAGAUGAGCUAUGUUAGGGCAGGGGAGCAGCUGCCUUUUGGACCGGCAUACUGUGUCACAAACAAGGUUCAGGUAACUAGAGGCCACAAAGGAAACUGCCCUCCAAAGCAGCUCCACCUGAGGGCUCACAGCCACAAUCCUUUGCCAGCCACAGCCACAAACCAUCAUCAAAGACUGUCCUCUUAGCCCAACCAACAUUUCUACAGCACCUGAGGUGUUUCAAACCAUUUUUACUUCUGCCCUGGUUUCGACCCUCCUUGGAUCUGCAUGAAGCAGGCCCGUGAGGACACUGAGGAUGCUCAGGAUGGAGUGAUGUGCUCAGCAUCACAGGACAGAUCAACAGCAGAGCCGGGGUUUGAACCUAGGUCUUCUGUCCCCAAAUUCUGGGUGCCUGCACUUUUGACUUUGGUUGUGUUGGAAAAGCAAUGGGAGAAGAGUGUGGGAUUUGGGGUCCCAGAGCCCUGGUUUCAGAUCCUCUGUACUCACUACCUGUUCUUCUCAAGCAAGCUUUCUCUUUCUUUCCUUUUUUCUUCCUCCCUUUCUUUCAACCAUUCUGAGCCCCAGUUUCCACACUGGUAAAACAGAGAUGAUACUGGCCAUUUCCCAGGACUGUCGUGAGGUGUCCAUGAAAUAACUAUAAGCCUGGCACAUGAUAGGUGUUCCAUGAAUUUUAGUUCCCUUUGCUCCCUUCUUAGCAUCCCAGAGGUGAGCAGCUAUGAGGGGUAGGGGUAGUGGUCAGAGGUGAUAAGUGAGCAGCUUGGGCAUCUGGAAGAAAGCUUGCAGAGAGGGCAGGUGCCAAAUGUCAUUCGUGAGGCCACUCCCAAUUUAUGGGUUCUGGUGCAAGGACUUUGAAGAGGCAAUAAAAUUCAUAUUCCACCAGGAAAUGACAACAGCUGAGAGUCCUGACUUAGCAAAUGAAAUUCUACGUUAUUUUUUAUUUUUACAAGGCAAGGGAUUUUGGAUGGGUAGCAAAAAUCACAUUCUAAUGAGAUUCUCCUGGAAUAGGAAUGGGCUUUCCCAAGUGUAAGAUGGCAACACCCCACAGACAGUGUAUAUAAAUGCCCCAGAGAGGACACGAGAGCCAGAACCUGAGCUCCUUGCUAAGCUGCAACCUCCUCUGCUAGCAUCAUGGCCUCCCAGCUCUGCUCCCCGAUCUUCUCCUCUGGGUCCCUCAGGGGCCACUGCGGCACAACCAGCGGCAUCUCUCGGGUGUCCUGUGUCCGCUCCGUGGGCUCCUGCAGGGUGCCCAGCCUUGCUGGUGUUUCGGGGUCAGCCUCCUCCGUCAGGCUGGGCCUCUCCAGCCUUGGGAGCUGCUUGCCUGGUUCCUUCCUGUCCUCUGGGUUCCAUUCCUCUGGCUUUGCCGGGACCGGGGGCUGGUUCUGUGAGGGCGCCUUCAAUGGCAACGAGAAGGAGACCAUGCAGUUCCUGAAUGAUCGCCUGGCUAACUACCUGGAGAAGGUGCGGCAGCUGGAGCGGGAGAACGCAGAGCUGGAGAGCCGCAUCCGGGAGUGGUACGAGUCUCAGAUCCCGUACAUCUGCCCCGACUACCAGUCCUACUUCAAGACCAUUGAGGAGCUCCAGCAGAAGAUCCUGCUGACCAAGGCUGACAACGCCAGGCUGGUCCUGCAAAUUGACAAUGCCAAGCUGGCUGCUGACGACUUCCGGACCAAGUACGAGACGGAGCUGGGCAUGCGGCAGCUAGUGGAGGCCGACACCAACGGCCUGCGCCGGAUCCUGGAUGAGCUGACCCUGUGCAAGGCUGACCUGGAGAUGCAGGUGGAGUCUCUGAAGGAGGAGCUGCUGUGUCUCAAGAAGAACCACGAGGAGGAAGUCAAUACACUCCGAUGCCAGCUUGGGGACCGGCUGAAUGUGGAGGUGGAUGCUGCUCCCCCGGUGGACCUCAACAAGAUCCUGGAUGAGAUGAGAUGCCAGUAUGAGACCCUAGUGGAGAAUAACCGCAGAGAUGUGGAGACCUGGUUCAACACCCAGACCGAGGAGUUGAACCAGCAGGUGGUGUCCAGUUCGGAGCAGCUGCAGUGCUGCCAGACAGAGAUCAUCGAGCUGAGACGCAACGUCAACGCCCUGGAGAUCGAGCUGCAGGCUCAGCACAGCAUGCGGAAUUCCCUAGAAUCCACCCUGGCAGAGACUGAGGGCCGCUACAGCUCCCAACUGGCCCAGAUGCAGGGCCUGAUCGGCAACGUGGAGGCUCAGCUGGCCGAGAUCCGCUGCGACCUGGAACGGCAGAACCAGGAGUACCAGGUGUUGCUGGAUGUCAAGGCCCGGCUGGAGUCAGAGAUCGCCACCUACCGCCGCCUGCUCGAGGGAGAAGACUGCAAGCUGCCUGCCCAUCCUUGUGCCACGGAAUGCAAGCCUGCUGCUAGAGUUCCUUACGUCUCGAGCGGGCCCUGUGCCCCGGGCCCCCAGCUCAGCACCCAGAUCCGCACCAUCACAGAGGAGUUCAGAGAUGGGAAGAUCAUUUCUUCCAGGGAGCAUGUGCAGCCACUGUAACUGGGCAGGCCCUGGCCCACAGGAGGGAGGACACCCCUGUGGGUCCCGGCUCUAAAUGACCCCCACCUCUCCUUCCCUAGAGGGACUCCCCGCUCAGCAGAUUUUUCUACCAAAAAACUUCCUAGAUUGUGUUUCUGGCUUUGACUGCUUUUACGCCGGGUAAAACUAAGCUUCCCUGGAAAUUUACCCAAUAAAGUGUGUUCUCUUGGCAUAGAAA